UUGCAGGAUGCAAGGCAGUCAGAAGAAUGGAGAGGCACUGGGGGCGGCGGGCCGUCGGUUGGAGAAACCAAUACGCAGCAAGACAGUCCACGAUUCAUGGGGUAGACAGCUUGUGACUCUGACUCGCAAGUAGAACCUGUCGUGCCGACCCUGUGAAUCAUGGAAUCCUCCCCCACGACCGUGGGUUUCUCGUUGAUGGCGAAACUCGCGGACGGCGUGGAAGUCGGCGUACUUGGGCCAUGUACGAUGAUGCACUCGGCCAUUUCGUUCACAGUUCAAUGUGCCUGUCUAAGUCUCGCCCAAAUUUGCAGACCGCUUCAGAAAAACCAUCGUCGUCUUAACUUCGAGCGGACGCGUUCGUGCUCGGUACUAUCCGCGCUGCUGUGUAGGGUUACACAUGCGAGACGCAAGUACCAUUGUACCAUGUACCGAUGCCGAGUCAUUGGCACCUCCAAUGUCGGCCGGUUCCGACGAGAUCGUGGACGGAAAGGCUGCGGAAAAACUGGAUCGACAAAGCAGACAACGACGGCGAGUCGCAGACCUCACCUAACUGCUCGAUGCGACAGUCCUGUAUUAAGGAUCACCGUACUAUUGCUUUGUCAACAGGCUAUAGUCACCAGCCGAAUUACGAUUCAUGGCUAUGCAUCAGGUUGACAGGCUGUCUAGAAUCAUGCAAGGCAGAUACGAAGUGGAGGUCAUAACGACGUUGAUGAGAAGCUGAAUCGCCUGAUGAGACAUUGGAGUCAUACCACGCAGACUAAGCACAAUUGACAGCAGAUAUGAAUCGUGAGACGUGCGAUGUCAGAAGUCAGAAUGUCAGUAGUGAUGUGGGAAAAUUGAAGGCGGCCUCGAAGGUGGGCUCUCUUGUCAUGAUUUCGUUGCAGCUACAGUACAAAAGCGGCUUGACUCAGAGGCCUCCUUUU